GUAUAAUGCCUCCACGACAGGCUCGGGCCGCUCAAACUCCUGAAGUUCGCCUUAAACAGGGACUUCAGUACCUUUCUAGCCUUCGCGAGGAUGCCGUUGCAGAUCUAGGCCGCACCAAUGAGCUGAUGGAGGAACUCCGUGCAGCAGCGCUGGACGUCGUUGCCAGCCCCACAAUCCUGAGCAGCAUGCUGGCGGUUCAAGCCUGGGCCGCACGAGCCCUCGCAGCCGACGUGCAGAACAACUCAGCUUUCGUCGCGCUACGGGAAACGGCACUGAAGAUCGCAGAAGUUCUCGAAAGCAAGCGGGGCGACCCAGCUGGCGACCGCCUGGUUCGUGCCUUGAUCAGGGCGGACACGCUGGCCGCGUACUCGAGGCUGUGCUCACGGACGCUCGUGCCCCCCCGCGGGGCGGCAGCCCGCCGCAGCGUCUUGGAACGGCAGACGAUGAGGCUGUUGCUGGUCAUGCUCGUGGUCAAAGACCUAAACGACUUUGUGCUGCACGUGAAGGAAAGCCCGGACGACGAGCUGGGGCUGGAGCUGGUCGCAGCGCUCGUGCGCACCCAGGUGCUGGAGCACACCGCCCGGCUGCUGCUGCACGUCGCCAAGGUCGACCCGGCUGCCCCUGCAGGCUCAGCAGAUAGGAAAGCGAGCGUGUGGUUGACAGUGACGAAGUUUUCCGGCACGCUCAUGUGUCUGACGACCUGGAACCUGCACUUCACGGCGUUAAGCCGGCGGCCUCGCGAGAAGGACGUCAUGUGUUUGGCCAUGGACCCCAGCACGCGGCAUCAGACCUGCCUACUGGAGCAAGUGCGGCCGCUGCUGGCCGGCCGCUGCGUGCAGCUCUUCGCAGCGUGGGCGGGCCUGUUGGCUGCCGUUGUCGCACAGCAGCAACAGCAGAAGGCCGGUGACGAAGGCAGCGGCAAGCAGUCCCCGGCGUGUACCGGGUCACCGCUGUGGCACAAGCUGCCGCCGGCGCUGGUGCGGCCGCCUCUGGACCCUGCGGUGUGCAGCAUGGAGCUGGCGGACUUGUCAAACGUGGCGGCGGAGGCACUUGCUGCUGUGUUUCACGCGACGGUCAGCGGCCCCUGCGACCUGGCCGUUGCUCAGCCGCCCGUGGGCUACGGCCGCCGGCUGCGGCAGAGCCCGCAGUGGCAGCAGGCAGGGCCACCGGCGGGGCCUGCCGCGGCUUAUGCCGCAGGUGCUGUGGAGGUCUUGCAGGCCCAUGCAGCAGCAGUGGUGCCGUACAGUGCCGUACACGCGUACGGGCUGCUGCAUGAGGUUUGGUACGGCAUGGCCUGCGACAGCACGUGGCACAUGAAAACCCUGGGCCUGCUCGCCCUGGUGAUGGCCCGGCUGCUGACGGAGCUGCGGCCGCGGCAGGCGGCGGUGCUGCUGCCGCGCUGGUGGCGGCUGCUGGCGCAGGAGCCGUGCAUGCUCAUUGCCGUGCACGAGGUUGCGGAGGACGCGGGGGUGCUGCUGCGGCUGCAGCUGAAUGCGCCGCCGCCGGCCGCUUGGGCUGUCGAGGUGACGGAUGCCGCUUCCGUGGCUGCGGAGAGCAUGGACUGGCCGCCGGAACCCGCGGCGAUGCAGCACGUUGAAGCCGACUCCGCCGGCAAGGCCGCACCCUCCGCGACCGCAGCGAAUGCAGCAGCAGCAGCAGCCAGCCUGGCGCGUGGGAGGGACCCCAGCUACAGCCUGCGCUGCGCGCUGGACGCGGGGCUUCUGCCGGCCCUGGAGCGGUGCCUUCGCGCGCCGCAGGCCUGGCAGCAGACCGGUACUGGGCCGAGCAGCGCUGGCAGGCUCCUGAGUGUCGUGAACUGCGUGCUGCGCUACUCGGGCGUGUGGCCUGCGGUGCUGGCUCGCGGCCCCUUGCAGCAGGCGGUGUCGCUGAUUGCCACGCUGGGCACAGCAGCUCGGCUGUUGCAGGUUAAGGAUACGGCCCUGGGCGGCUACGUUUACGCCGCCGCCCACCCGGGUGCGCUGCAGAUGGCCUCCGGCGGUGCCGGGGGCUACCUGUGUGCCUACCUUGCCGCACUGCUGGAGCAGGUCGCGGACUUGCGGGCGCUGCGUGAGCGCGCACAGCAGCAGCAGGAGGAGGGGGCGCAGCAGGGGCAGGGGCCGAAGCAGCAAACGGAGGAGGAGCAGCAGCAGCGGGGUCGGCCGGAGCAGUCCGCGGCGCAGCUCGCAGCUGCUGCUGCGGCCCCCAACGCCGCAGCCACAGCCACCGCCACCGCAGCCUUCGACACCGAUGCCGCCGCCGCAGCUCCCCAUGCCGCAGCCACCACCGCAGCUUCCCCGCUGCUGCCCCUCAACUCGGUGUUGGAGCCGCCGCCGUGGGACUGGAGCGGCGACCUCAAGCCCCCCACCUGCUCCCUGGCCUGGAUGGCGGCGGCGGGCGGCCUGCCGGCUGCCGGCUCCACAGCGGACCGGCAGCAGCAGCUGCUCACCAGCUUCGCGCUGCACCACUGGCUGCCGGCGCUGGCACACGUGACGAGUUCGGCCUUGGAGACGCGGGCGGCGGCAGCGGCGCGCGUCACGGGCGUCUGGGGCGUUUAUCAAAAGUUGCUGGCGCAAGUUGUCCUAGUGGGGGACCUGGUGCUGGAGGUGCUCGGGCGCGAGGGGGAGCCAUGCGACGAAGCCGGUGCGGGUGCGGGCGCCAGUGGGGCGCCGCUGGGGCCGGUGGCGGGGGCAUGGUGGCGGGGCGACUCGCUGGCGGACGAGCUCCGUACGAGCAUGCACCGCAUUGCCAGCGUGCUGGAGGCGGAUGCGGUGGGGCUGGUGUCGGAGUGCUGCACGGCGGGGCAGCAGGCCGCCGCAUUGGACCUGCUGCAGAGGGUCUGGACGCGCUUCCCUGCGCGUGCACCCAUGGCGACAGAGCAGUGGGCGGCACGUGUGGCGGAAGACCAGCAGCGUCUACAGGGCGAUGAGCAGCAGCUGCAGCAGCAGCAGCAGCAGCAGCAGCGGGGGGAGGCGCAGCAGGAGAGGCAGGCGGAAAGCGGGAUGGGAAGCACCGGCAGCGGCAGCAGCGGCAGCUCCGACAGGCCGCAGCAGCAGGCGCCACCGCCGGAGCUGGUGCUGCAGUGUGUGGCGCCGCUGCCGGUGCGGCGGCUGGCGGCGGCGCGGGGGCGGCAGGACCUGGCGGGCUACCUGGACGCGGUGGCAGUGCUGGUGAGGGAGCAGCUGGCGAGGGGGCCGUGCGCUGGCGAGGAAGCUGUAGGAAGCUGCACGGCGCCGCAAGGGUCGGCGCGCGAAGAUGGCAGCGGGGAUGGCAGCGGGGAUGGCAGCGGCUCGGCGCAUGCCCGCGCGGCAACUGACAUGUGGGUGGAGGGGUGGCGUGCCGGCGCCGUGCGGCCGCGGUACCCGUGGCUGCUGUCUGCAGGCGAGGUGCGGGCGGGGCUGCAUGACCUGAUGGCCUCGCAGGCGGCUGCGGCUGGCCAGGGCAGCAGCAGCAGCAGCAGCGGUGGGCCGGUGUUUGAGCACAAGCUGUGCGCCAACCCGCACUGCAGCUCGCUGGACGGCCCCAGCGCGCUGAUAGCGCCCGGCAGCGGCAAGACGUGUGUGCGGUGCCGCGCGGUCACGUACUGCUGCGGUGCCUGCCAGCUGGCGGACUGGCGGGAGCGGCACUCCGGCACCUGCAGUGGAGCUGCCGCGAAGCCUGCGGGGGUUGGGUCAGCAGGGGCGGUGAAGGCAGGGCUGGAGGCGGCAUGAGUGUGGUAUGGCGCGGCCGUGGGGUAAGGGGGGGAGACAAGUGUGGUGGAAGGAAACAAGUGUGGCGUGGACGUAGGCUGCCUCCAUGCAUGUGGCUGUGCGACCGCAGACUGUACGGCUGCACGUGGCGGUGCGUGGCGGUGCGUGGCGGUGUGUGGCGUUGUACUGUACGGUACGGUGUCGGGGGUGGGGAUUGGAGGGGCUAGUCCGAAUGGGUGCCACUGGCCCAGGGCGAAUGGUUGCGCGUGCGACGGCACGCGUUGCUUUACACGGUACGCGGUGCAGGGUCGACCUUCGGUAGCACUGUAGCAGCUGCCGGGCAAAUGUACCGCAUGGAUUGUACGGCAGGGGAGAAGCAUGUAACCUUGUAGCCUU